UUUGACCUGUCUUCAUAGGAGAACAUUUUUUAGUUCUUUAUGUUGUCACAGACGAGCCUUUUGGAACCUUCUCUCCCCUGAGAGUGUACUAUAACAUCAGUGAAACAUUAGCUAACAACUUUGCUGUUCCGUUUUUUAUUUUAUUUCACUUUAUUUUAUUUUACCAAACACAGUCGUGACCCCAAACUGCAGCCCUAUAAGACUGUGAUAGCGGGAAAAAACGUGCAGUCGCGACACUUAAAGCCGCGUGCUCCGCGCGGCUGUAUGUUUGCAAAAAUGCCGAGAGACGUUUGUGCCGACCUCGUGAAUGUGCUUCCUCCUCAACCGGUCAGUGAAUGCUCGGCACCCCUGACAGAGAAUGGGAAUUGUCAGUCUCAAUGUUUCUCAAGGAGAAGUGUGCUGUUGCAGCGGUCCCUGUGAAUUUAGAAUCCAGGCGUGCAGUAAACCGGAUGGCAGCACUGCAUAAACCAGGGAACCCCAACGCUGGUUUGGGAUAGCCACAGGUUAUAUUGUCCCCCCCUUCCCCCAGGCAGUUACUUGAUCAGUUAAAGUAUUUGAUCGACAUAAAUUCACCUGUCUUCUUAUUUGCGAACUCCUUGCUGCUUUAAGGUUAAAAAAUGUUUCUGCAAUUUCCAGUUUGAAUUAUCUAAUUACUGGCACGUUUUAGCGGGGUGAUCGUUUUGUCCUACUCAUCCGGGUUUUUUUUAUUCACGAAGUAACUUUGAAACAGUCACCCGCGUUGCAUGAGACGCAUACCUGGAAGACUUCCACACACACGGGCAUAAACUACAUCACUUCGCGGAAGCACAGACAUUCCAUGACUGGCGUCUACCGUAAGCGCGUUCGAGUGCAGACGCCGGUCAUAACCGGAAUAGUAAUAUGCACGCGCAUUAAAAAAAAAACAUUCGAGAGUAUCGCAAUGCCAUCGGAGGACUAAUAUACAGGUAAACCGGACUUGUUUCAAGUUACUGCUUGAAGCGUCAAGUUGGACGUGAACGGGAAAACCAAUACUCCAAUUUGCCAAUUUGCACACGACGAUACGGCGGAUUCCUUUUACUGAAGGGGAAAAGAUGCAGCAUCGGAAGUUCUGGGGAUUUUCUUACAUUGGAUUCUAUGUGUGGACGUCGCUUCUCUUCAAAGGCUCUCUCCAGGGGGAGUACCAGCGGAAGCUGUACAACGACCUGCUGAAGAACUACAACCGGCUGGAGAGGCCGGUCCUGAACGACUCGGCGCCCCUGCUGGUGGAGCUGGGUUUGACGCUGCUGCAGAUCAUCGAUGUGGAUGAAAAGAACCAGGUCCUGAUGACUAAUGCUUGGUUGCAGCUGCACUGGACCGACAUUUACCUCAACUGGAAUCCGGACAACUAUCCAGGUGUACAAAACCUGCGCUUCCCCUCCAAUCAGAUCUGGGUGCCUGACAUUCUGCUCUACAACAGCGCCGAUGAAAGAUUCGAUGCCACCUUCCACACCAACGUCCUGGUGAACUCCUCAGGGGCAUGCCAAUAUAUACCACCAGGGAUUCUGAAGAGCACGUGCUACAUCGACGUGCGCUGGUUCCCCUUUGAUGUGCAGAAGUGUGACCUGAAGUUCGGCUCCUGGACGCACAGCGGCUGGCUGCUGGACCUGCAGAUGCUCAACGUGGACAUCUCCACCUACAUCCCCAACGGGGAGUGGGACCUCGUGGCGGUCCCGGGUAAGAGGAACGAGCUGUAUUAUGAGUGCUGUAAGGAGCCGUACCCGGAUGUGACCUUCACGGUGACCAUGCGCAGACGCACGCUGUACUACGGCCUGAACCUGCUCAUCCCCUGCGUGCUCAUCUCCGGCCUCGCCCUGCUCGUCUUCCUGCUCCCCGCCGACUCCGGAGAGAAGAUCUCUCUGGGGAUCACGGUGCUCCUGUCUCUCACGGUCUUCAUGCUGCUGGUGGCUGAGAUCAUGCCGGCGACUUCAGACUCCGUACCGCUCAUCGCUCAGUAUUUCGCCAGCACCAUGAUGAUCGUGGGCCUCUCUGUGGUGGUCACCGUCCUGGUGCUCCAGUUCCACCAUCACGACCCCCACGGGGGCAAGAUGCCAAAGUGGAUUCGGGUGGUCCUGCUCAACUGGUGCGCCUGGUUCCUCAGGAUGAAGAAGCCGGGGGAGGACCGCAAGCUGAUUGGCUACAAGUACAGCCACGCCCCCCAGCACCACUCCAGCGCCAGCAGCAUCCAGCUGAACGCGGUGGCGGCCCAGCCGGCCAACACCAACGGCAACAUGAACGCGUACUUCGGCUACCACGCCAUGGAGAGCGCCUGCGGCCGCCCCCCCGCCACCGGGCCGCCGCUGGACGACCGGGAGCGCCCGCGGACGCCGCUGGCCGCCGGGCACAUCCCCGAGAUCGCGCGCAUCCUGGAGGAGGUGCAAUACAUCGCGCGGCGUUUCCGCGAGCAGGACGAGGCCGAGGCCGUGUGCAGCGAGUGGAAGUUCGCCGCCGCCGUGGUGGACCGCCUCUGCCUCGUGGCCUUCUCGCUCUUCUCCAUCAUCUGCACCUUCACCAUCCUCAUGUCCGCGCCCAACUUCAUCGAGGCCGUCUCCAAGGACUUCACAUAGAGCCUCCCGAAACGAAAUUAAAAAUAAAAACUAAGGGAAGGUAAGCAAACUGACAACAAAGGCUUACAGACAACAGAAACCCGAUUACGUUUUGUCUAUUGAGAAAAAUAAGUAUUGUAAAAUUAUGAAAAUAUUGAAUAAUCUUUAAAAAAAAGAAAACCUGCUAUAUUUUGAAAAUAUGUCCUGGCCCCAUCUUCCCCAGUGGCUCACUGAUUUUGAUAAAUUCCUCUUGUGUGGCGUCUGGGCAAAUUUGGAACGGUUCUUUGCACAGUUGAUGCUGUUUUUGGGGGAUCUCAUAAAGGGGGUCCUCGGCCUGGAGAUUCUGCUCCCUGGAGACACGCCCGCUCAGCCCUUUAUGACAUAGCCCUUCUGCCCACGGUGGAUUGCCAUCCCUAAGGAGACGUUUCACUGUGAACUUCAAGCUUUCCAUCUUGGAUCAGACUCUCUGUCCAUUACGCUUACAGGCUGAUAAUCUCUCUGGCGUUCUAAUCAAACCAUCUGCGCUCUAGUGAGAUUUCUCUGCUGGUCACUUGUUGCUCUAAUGAUAAAUAAUCGAAUGCUGCCCUUUUGCCAUUCGCAAUGAAGACAUUUCUUACUGAAGGCAGUUGGACUUUUGGGACAUAUUCAGUAUUUUCUCUUUUAUUUUGGGGUGAGAAUGACCCAAUCACAAACCGAUGGGAUUAAUUCUCCUCGCAAGAUUUCUGGGUCACACUCGCUCAUCCUGGCACUAAAAGUGCGGCCUGUCACUCAGGAAGAAAACCGAGACCAGAGGAUACAGGAAAAAAGUGGCAGACACAAACACCUUCAUAACAACACGCAGAAUUCAUAACUCAUGCUGGAUUUAUGUGGAACUUCUCUCAGUGAAUGAGGAAUGGAAGGACUGAGGGGUUGCGGGGGGCGGCGGUGGGGCGGGGAUCAUUAUGAAUUAUUGAACAUGAAGUGGAACUGAACACGACUGAAUGGAGGCGUGAAUUUCACAUGGAUUUAGCUCAACUGUAAAUAGAGAGUACACUGUGGUUCUGAUGGUGGGGAAGCUGUGGUUCUGAUGGUGGGGAAGCUGUGGUUCUGAUGGUGGUACUCUGGUUCUGAUGGUGGUAGCUGUGGUCAUGAUGGUGGAUUCUGUGGUUCUGAUAGUGCGGAUGCUGUAGUUCUGAUGGUGGUACUCUGGUUCUGAUGGUGGUAUGCUGUGGUCAUGAUGGGGGAUGCUGUGGUUCUGAUGGGGGAG